ACAAAAAGAGGAAAAACUGACUAGUGUAACAUUUUAUUUGUCAACAUAAUAGCCUCGGUUACACUGCGUGUGACACUCCCUUUGGUUUCGACUUGCGCAACGUGCGCAGUUUGUUAUGUAGAUUAGUGGAGAGAAAAACCUACAUGUUUCAUCCCCGGAGUAAACUUCAAGCUCUACGCUUUUUUAAAUCAAAUAGUAUCAACUGUUGUAGCCCAAAGUAACGUGAACGUGAUGUUUUUUCAGCCUAUAAGUGUUUCUGGUAACACGAGUGACUUACAGCCUAUAUGAGAAGGUAUAUUUGUUUCCCCCAUCACCACUGUCACACCGCACAGUAACAGUUUAGGCUGUAAUGGACCAGAUCACCCAAUCCAGGUUAUGGUGAUCUCAUUUCUAAGCAGAUUAAGUGUUACAGAAGCAGCCAGAUUUGGUUCCCGUGGGAAAUUCGCCACAAAGGGGGAGGACAAAUCAGAUAUGGGGAAAUAUUACACAAUGUUAAAACCAGUGUAUCCAGUGACUCAGAGUGGCAAUGCUGCUACCUGUAGUGCUCCAGGAAUAAACCCUUCACUGUUGCCACAGACGGGAGGUCUCAGCACUCGGCAGGGAGCCAGAGUCCUGCUGCUAUCUGGCACAGUGUAAGUGCUCCAGCUGCGCACCUGAACCCCGGGCAUUUAGAUGUUACUGUAUGUUAGAACAGCUAAAUGUAGCAGUAACAACUGAGUUUUAUUCAUUCUUAAAAACAGAAAACACGGAAUCAGAGGGUCAAUGCUGAGCGUUUCACCCCCGCCAAUCAGAUUCAUCUAUAUUAGCCUGAUUGGAAAUAGCUGCGCUGUAUCUGUGACAGUGUGUGUGUGGAUUAGACUAGAAAGAGAGAGAUUUGUCCCCACUAGUACCCAAUCAGUCAACCGGCGAGAGCCUUCAGGAGGACAGGGAUGAUCUCAGAGGCUGCAGUUACAUAACAUCACACAGGGAGAGGGAGUUAACUGGAGUCCUGCUUUAUUCUUAAACUCGCUAUAUUUCCUCUCUUCUCUUUGCUUGGACUCAGUCGCUGGUCAGUUUUUGUUUUGUUUUUGAUUAGUUUGGUAGGAGACGAGUCAACACCCUGUGAGAGAUGAAUCACAAUGAGGGGUUUUAUAUGGAUAUGAACUUAUUCAUAGUUUUACUGAUAGUUAACAGUGUCGAGUCUGAGCUAAUAUGGGCCAACAAGAAAGAAACUGAAUACACACAUCACGGCACUCAACAGGAAAACGAGUCCUCCUUAACUCACAGACACGAGGUAUAAUAUAGUGAAACCUCACUGUGGAAAACAACUAUAGCCUAUCAACUAGAUGCCAGACUAAAUCAGCUUUACUCUUAUGGUUAAAAACAAACGGAUUAGCAAACAAGCAAAUGGCUUUUUGUCAAAAAUCGCCUGCUGUGCGCAAUUACGCACGACGCAAGAGAGCGCGGAGGAUAGGGACGGUGAAAGGAGCGGUGCCGUCGUGCGCUCAGGCGUGCUGGUUUGUACGUGUUUGUCCCAGAGGAAGACGGCGGCUCGCUGAUUCUCUGUCCCGCGGUGGAAGGAGUCAGGAAGCAAAUGGAGCCUGGGUACAGAAACAGAUGUCAGACCAGCCUCGUCUGUGGCGGAUUGCAUCACCGACAGCGUCACAAAUUCCAGCUUUCAGGAAAGAUCUCCAGCGUUUUGAUGUCACAUUCCUGAAGUUUCUGAAGACCGACCCUACAGAGAUCGUAUUCGUCAUCCCUUCAUCCCUUUUCUCUGAGCAGGGAUAAAGACGAGAGUGUGUGUUUUUUGAAGAAAAGAGGACCCAGUGUUUGCUUGGAUAUGGCUUUUCUGUGUAUGAGAGAGAGACAGAGGGAGCUGAGCUGAGGUCAAGGCCUUCCUCCUCUCCCCCCGGAGUCACAUGUCAGCGUGAGGCACAACCCCCGGGUUGCUAUCGCUACACUGACCGACCUAAAUACUUGUAUACUCACUUGGAGAAGCAACACAGACUGGAUCACUCAGCUGGGAGUGGAAAGAGCCAGCUUCUUAUCAAGUGAGUUUGCUUUGUGAGCUGUUGACACUGAAUUUACAUACAGCUCCAUUUCUCCUGCUGGUUUUAAUCACCCUGAGACCCAAACCCAUAGAGGUCCUGUCCGACCCGGUGAGUGGGGCUGAGGAGCGUUACCUUUCUGUCAGAUAAAGAGAAGAGUGUUCUCUGAAGAGACGUCGACCUGUCAGAAGCAAAAUGCCGGCAAAGACACCAAUGUACUUAAAAACUACAACUCCCAAGAAGGGAAAGAGGCUGAAGCUCCGUGACGUCCUCUCAGGUGAUAUGAUCAGCCCCCCGCUGGGCGACGUACGUCACAGCGCCCAUGUGGGGCCCGAAGGGGAGGACGACAUGUUUGGAGACGUGGGUUUCCUCCAGGGUAAGAUGAGCAUGCUGCCGUCCCUGAGUCGGACGCAGAACGGUCACUCACGCUCGCACAGCGUGGAGAGACGCCUGGAUGACGGCUUCCCCGCGAAACAAGACUCACACAACUACGCCUACAACGGUUACCAUUAUCAGAACCCCUCCACCGGCCUGCUGAAGACCACCAUCUCCAUGCCUGUGUUCAUCGCCCACGAACAGGCUCCACCCAAACCCCCACGCCUCCACCUGGACGACCCCUCCCCUCCUUCUCUGUCCUCCCAGCAAAACCACUUCCUGCACCAUCAGCCGCCUACAGAGACAAGCCACCAACAGGCCAACGGCUACAGUCAAGCAGACAACCACAGCUCUCUGUCGCUCUUUGAGAACGGUGUGGUGGGACGUCUGGCAUCGGAGCCCUGCCGUGACAUCUCCCUCUCCCCCUCCAUCCGCAGGCUCGUCCCCUCCUCUGGCUCCUUCUCAGAGGUCUCAUCUGAGGACUCCAUGUCGGAGACCUGCGGGCCCCUGGAUGUUCGCCGGGGCCUCAGCCUGGACUCCGAUGCUGGCCUGAGCAACGAGGAUCUGAGGAGUGAACGCAGUGAGUCGCCCUGCGCUACCUUGCAUCCGGCCGGUCUCACAGCCUCAUCCGGUGUGCCGCGGUCAGACUCUAUGGCCGGGUUAGACCUGGAUCUGGGUCCAUCCAUCCUGGAGGAUGUCCUGAGUAUCAUGGACCGCUACAAGACUGAGGACAACCGCUGUGAGCUGUGAAGAAUAGAAAGAUGAAUGUGAUGUACAGAUAUUUUUUAUACAUGGUUUAAUAAAUCCUUAAAAACUUUGUAAAGAUACUAAAGGAGGACAAGAAGGAAACGGAGGGUGGAGAAAAUGUCUUUUUCAAGAAGACAGCUGAGUUUAAAGGUCACUGAAAGAUUUAAGAAAGGUGAGAGGCACGUGGACGUUGUUGUUAAGUGCCCGGGAUGUUGCUGCCCGACAUGACAACAGCCAAGGCAACAGGCUGGUCCUUAGGAGCCUUUAUCAGAGUGGAACCUCAGACUCAUAAACAUUUAAACUGUACGAUAACAAAGAGAAGAACUGCAGUCACCUUGUUAUCACAAACUUUAGCGAAAACAUUCCUCUUUUCUUUGGGCAAAAUACCAGCCACUGCCCACAUGUAUUGUCUCUUAAUCUGACUUGUGCUGAGUGUUUUCUGCUCGUUAAUGGUUAACAGAUUACCAGCCGAGUCGGAUAUAAAUGUGUGUUGACUGACUGAGAAAAUGGGAGAAAACAGCAGCUGUGAACAAGAGCCAGGAGCAGCAGGACUUACUCAUAACCACAGCUACUAACAAAUACUGCAGCAGAGUUCAAAUUACACACGCUCAGUCAUACUAAGCUGAACUGCAAACAUAAAUAGUUUCAUGCUGAAGGCCAUAUUCUGUCCCAAUUUAUUCUGGCUGCCAGAAAUGUCAGUUUCAGCACUAAAAUGUUUCAGAAGGCUGAAUAUUAACAUCUUCACUCGUUUACUGUGAUGAUUCAACACCAAAUGUGAAGAACUUCUGAUUUUACUGCCCUGUAAGAGAUGAAGAUGUAAGCUAAAAUGGUCUCUACCUACCCUGAGGUGUUGCUUUAGAGAACAACAGCUCCGACGUUUCAGUGGCACGUCUGAUCAGAGGGAAACUGAGGAAGCUUAAUCUUGUAGUUUAACUAAUAAAAUGCUUUAAACGUGCUGCUUUGUAGAUCAUUUUCAAAUAUUGGUCUUUUUGAAACACUCUUCUUCCACGUUGUGGCUCACUGUCAGCCUACCUAACAUUCACUGUCUGCAUUAUCACAGUAGCCUAUUAUUCAAAUGUCAUUUAUGCUGUAUAUAUAAAUAUAUAUAUAUCACUGUAAAUGUAAGAAUAAAAAGUUCCUAUAAAGAAAAUAAA